AUGGCUUUAUCUUUUUUGUGUAAAAGGAAAUAUUUUUUUAAUUUUUUCAAUAAUGUCCGGUAUUUAUCAUCCAAGAGAAUUUCAAAUCCAUAUCCCGUGGAAAGACCGAGUGUGAAAGAAAUGGACGAUGAAUAUAAACGAUUUUUGCAACUUAAGAGGAAAGAAAAUCCAACACCCGAGUUUAAAAUAACAAACAUAGAUAUAAAUACAUUUAGAAAAUAUAAGCAUAAAAAUAAUCCUACAUUUUCAACUGAAUUUAAAGUUUUCAUAACAGGUUUAUCAAUUUGUGCUUGGUGUUUAUUUGCUAUGUAUAUGACUGUAAAAAUUAUGACCCCAAAUGAUUUUGAAUGGGUAGACAAUGAAAGGAAGCGCCUUGAGGAGGCAAAAAAAAAAAUUAUGUCUAUAAAAGAAAAAGAUAAAGAAUUCCAAAACACCAACAAUAAUAAUAAUUAG